CCAUUGUCUCCACCUCCCUGCCUGCAACCCCCCCUCUUCCCUUGCGCUCUCUCUCUCCUUCCCUCCCUCCCUCCCUCUCUCUCCCUCUCUCUCUAAGUCUGUGGGAUCCCCCAAUCGACCGCCUCUCAUUCGCUGCGCUAUCCCCCUCCCCACCGUUACCUGUUGACAGGAGCAGCACCCAGCUGACUGCACCUCCAAUGACCGUCCGACGCGGAGAACGUGCUCCAGUCCCUAUCCGGGAACAUAUGGCCAUUGAUGUGUCCCCAGGGCCAAUCCGGCCCAUUGCCCAAAUCUCUGCCUAUUUCCCACAUCCUGGGCUGGAGGGAGUGUUGGCGACACGAGACAGAAUGAGGGGUCAAGGGGCUGCAGCCAUUCCCCCUGGAACCGGGGAAGGAGAAUCGGCGGACGGAGACGAUUCUGAUGACAGCACAUCGCUUGGGACUCUUGAAUUUGACAUCCUCUAUGAUCCCGAAAACUGCACCCUUGACUGCACCAUCCUACGGGCCAAGGGUCUGAAACCGAUGGAUUUCAAUGGGCUGGCUGACCCCUAUGUCAAACUGCACCUUCUGCCCGGAGCCUGCAAGGCGAACAAACUGAAAACACGAACCCAGCACAACACUCUCAACCCUGUGUGGAAUGAGGCUCUGACUUACAUUGGAAUAACAGCUGAGGAUAUGGCCCGGAAAACUCUGCGAAUCUCCGUCUGCGAUGAGGACAAACUGACCCACAACGAGUUCAUUGGCGAGACCCGGGUGCCCCUGAGGCGCCUCCAGCCUCGCCAGAAGAGACACUUCAAUCUGUGCUUGGAAAGACAACAACCACUGGCAUCCCCUUCUUCCAUGACAGCAGCUCUGCGUGGCAUCUCCUGUUACCUGAGAGAGCUAGAACCCCCAGCCGGCUGGGCCCUGGAAGAAAGGGGUCGUAUCCUGCUCGCCCUCACGUACCUCUCCGAGCACCGUGGAUUGCUGGUGUCUAUUCUUCGCUGUGCCCACUUAGCUGCCAUGGAUGUGUGUGGAUACUCAGACCCUUAUGUAAAAACGUACCUGAGGCCAGACGUAGAGAAGAAGUCAAAGCAUAAAACAACCGUGAAGAAGAAGACGCUGAACCCAGAAUAUAAUGAGGACUUUUUCUACGAGAUCGAACAGUCAGAGCUUGGUCAGAAAUCCCUGGAGAUAACAGUUUGGGAUUACGACAUUGGGAAAUCUAACGACUUUAUUGGUGGGGUGACCCUCGGUCUAGGGGCCCCUGGAGAAUGCCGACAGCACUGGCUCUCAUGCCUUCAGACCCCCGACUGCCGCCUUGAGCACUGGCACACGCUCACCAACGAGCUCCCAGAAUCCUCCACUUUCGGCCCCUGAGAAGCCACCUCGAUUGCCUAUAUAGAGUUGCAUCCUCCCGCCCUGCCUGCCUGCCAAAAAAAAGGGAGGGGCACAGCACCAGGGGCCCCUCCUUUGCACGAGGAUGUUUGCACGUUUUGAAAAUUACUUGUCGUUGGUGUCCAUUUAUAUUACGCUCUAGGGAAGGGCUUAAAUGGAAUGAAUCGCCUCUUCUGUUUCCGUGUGUUUUAAGGCAUUGGGAAGUGGGAGGUGGUCAUAGCCGAGUGGAGGAGCCCAGGAAGAACAGGAGAGCCCAGGAAGCCACUUGUAGAAAAAGAAUUUAAAUCAAUGAAAAGUCACAGAAAUAAUUAUCCGUCCUCUUCCUCUCUUAGCACCUGUCUUUCCAAGCUGUCCAUCGCUCUGAAAUCCCACUACUUUCAAACCAAGGCUUAGCUUGGAUUUUAAAGGACAAGAUAUUUGCUGGCACACAAAAUUUGAAGCAUCGGUUCUGAUUUCUUUUUCUUUUUUAAAGCAUAUUAAAAACCCACUUCCCCAUAUGGAAUUUCUUUCAGCGGUCCAAAAUAUAUUUCCCUCUUCUUUCCACACCAGCUCCUUUCCCUACUCAACUUAACCUCAGAGUGCCAAAUACAAUUUAUACUCCUGAACUGCUGGGGAAAUAAACUAUUGUUUAUUGUCUCUGGAACUUCCUGCAUGGAUUAUAGGGGCAUUCAUAUGGCACGCUUCUUCCUGCUAACUCAUUGUUAGAGGCCUGCCGACAUAACUGUUUAUCUGCAGUCUCUCUUGUUACAAACGAGGUUGACCCCACCACUACCCACGCAGUUUUAAAAACAAGGUUGCAGGAAAUUAUUGUGCUGUUAAUUCUUGCUUCCAUUUCUGUCAGAAAGCUCAAAUCACUGGAGGCGAUCCAGGGAGAGAGCAAUCUUAACAGCGGGCUGCCCAGCCUCUUCUUAAAAGACUUCCAGGAAGGGAGAGCACCUCAUCUCUGGGCAACUGGGUCCCCAUUGUGGAACUGCUAUUUCUAUGAAAAAGUUUCUCCUAAUCUUCAGCCAGCACCUGCUCUUCCUGUAACUUAAGCCCAUUACAUCCAGUGACAGUCCUGCACUCUGGUGCAGCACAGCAAGUCUUCUAUGUAAGACCCCUUUAGGUAUUUGAAAGGUGCUUUCUUCUCCAGGCUAAACAUACCCAGUUCCUUCAACCUUUCCUCACAGGGAUUGUUUUCCAUACCUUUAACCAUCUUCACUGCCCUUCUCUGAACCCAUUCCAGCUUGUCUAUAUCCUUCUUAAAGUGUAGCAUCCACAAAUGGACAAAGUACUCCGGAUGAAGUCCAACUAGCACAGAAUAAAGCGGAACUAUUACUUCUCAUGUCUUGGAAACGACGGCUGUAUUAAUGCCGCCUAAAAUUGUAUGAGUCUUACAAAGUACGACUGGCUUAUGUUCAGCUCAAGAUCAACUUGUCCUGGGAUCCUCUUCAUUUUUACUGCUGCUUCCACCCUAUACCUGUGCACUUGAUUACGGCCAUGAUUAUUUUGCCUAAAUGCAAAACUCUGCAUUUGUUUCUGUUGAAUCUCAUUUUGCUUCCGUCCAGUUUCCCAUGCUAUCUUUUCCUAGUUCAUAGCAUUUAAUCAGCUUGCAAAUCACAUUAUCAUGGGGGACACUAUUAGGUGUUUUGCUGAAACCAAGAUCAUUGCAUUCACAGUCGUUCUUCAAUCCACUAAACUAGUAACUUGAUUUUAUAUUUCUUUCUCCCUCCCUCCCUCACACUCACACACAGUAUAUAUAGACACACAUUUAUUCUUUGUAAUCCGUGCAGGCUUCUGCUAACCAUUGCAUUGCUAUCAAGGUGCUUGCAAACUGACUCCCUUGAAAUCUAUUCUAGUUAUCCUCCGUAGCACUGAAGUCAGAUAGACUCAUUUCACAGAUCCUAGUUUUCAAGAUCUGGAACAAUUGCCUUCAGCCCUGUGGCACUUCACCUGUUCUCCGGGAUCUCCCAAAAAUGAUUAAGACAGAAGUUAUGAGAGUUCACCAGUGAGUUCCUUUUAGUACCCUCUAGGAUGCAAUUCAUCUGGUCCUUGAGACGAAGCAAUUUCAGGUAGUGAGGCAUUUCCUGAUGAAAUUUCUUACCAAUCUCAAACAGAAGCUCUGGCCACACUACUCAUGUGCUGACUAUGCUACUUAUGGAAGAUGGAACACAAUUCCCCUUUGUGGGGGGAAGACAAGAGGCAAAAUAGCAACUGAGCAAUCCAGCCUUCUGUGCCACCUGUUAAUAUUUCACCAUCCUUACUGAGAAACAGGCCUAGUGCCCUUCCUCUUCCUCCAAACACACCUUUUUAUUGUUCUUGGUAGCAUUCUCCAGCCCCAGCUUAUUCUGAUCUUCUGCUUUCCCAUCAAGUCUGGACUACACAAUCCUAGUGGCCUGCCCUUUCUUAUACAAUACAUGUCUUUUUAAAAUCUUCAGCUCAUUAGGCUUUUCUACAGCUGCUCUGGCUUUAAGGGGGAAAAGGUCCCAUUUUCCUCUCUCGCUGGCUUGUUUGAGAUGGCUCCCGUUUUCUUCUCUCAUUGGAAUAGUGCCUUUAGUAACUCCUCCUUUCGGGAUUUAUCCUGGUCAAUGCUGCAAAUUCUGAUGGAGAGUCAUGGGAACAGGCAGUGGGCAUAAGCCAGGGAGACUUAUGUGUCCAUCACACACUUCCAGGCCUGGCCUGGCCAUACUUUUAGACAGGAUAGGGAGGCCUGCCAAAAGCAACUGCGCUUGUGGUGCCAUUAAGGGCAGCACAUUGUCAUGUAUUUAACUUAAUGUUCUUUUAGUAAUGUAUUUGGGGGGCCCAUUUGACCUUUCCACACCAGGCACAAAACCAUCUGUAUCCAUCUCAGCUAGACACACUUGUUUCCCCAUCAAACAUUUCAGUUGUUCAUCAGAAGACAUUCAGUACCCAAGUGACACACCCAUUUGCUGGGUAAAAUGUGAAUCGGCUCUUAGAAAGGCAGUGUCUUCCAUCUAUCCUUUUGAGCAAAUGUUUGCAGCUAGGCAAAAAUUUGGCAUUUGCCCUUACCUUAAAACUCCUGUCACCCAGGCAUGAAUCACGACAUUUUUUUGUCCAGUUUCUAAAG